AUGGCGACAGUUACGGAGUACGUCCUGUUGCACCUUGGGAGAGUACGACUAGCUGACAACGACGACAGGGCGCCCGCCGAUAUCAUCGACGCAGACCACACGAGCCCCAAAGCCGACGUUUCGCAGAAGCGCAAAGCCUCCAACGUUUCAGACGAGCCCGAAGACACCUCAAAACGAGCCAGGAUCGAAGACGACGACCGACGCGACGCACCCAGCCAGUCCUCGCCCACGGAACCGAGACGCCGCGAAUCGGACGCGGGUGCAGGCACCGGCCCCGGUCGCAGGGGCGCGGCUUCGAAAGAGGAAGAGAAGAAGCGCGGGAAGAGGCUAUUCGGCGGUCUGCUGAGCACGCUGAGCCAGACCAACACCAGCUCCCAGCACAAGAAGCGCAGGGAGAUCGAGCAGCGGCAGCAGGAGAGGGCGCAGAAGCAGAGGGCGGAAGACGACAAGAGGAGAGCCGAGAAAGUGGCAAAAGUUACGGAGUCGCGCUGGAAGGAGCAGAUCAACUAUGACGAGAAAGUCAUGAAGACACGGCACUCGAACAUGUUGGCGAUGGCGCACUCUCUCAAGACGAAAGCGCAGCCCGCGAUUUUUUACCGGCCAUGGAAACUCACGCGAGAACAAGAAGACACGAUCGGCGACCAGCUGCAGGGCGUCAAGGCCACGAUAGCCAGAGAAUUGGAUGCCUUCGAAGAGCGCAGGGAGGAGCAUGAAAAGCGGUACGGUCGAAGCAGGCCACCUCCGGAGCAGGAGGAGCCCGCGCCUGCGGCUGUUGAGAGUUCAGCGGACGCACCUCCGGCCCCGGACGCCAUCGUGGUCGAUGCCCCAGCGGCCGAGACCACGACGGCACCGUUUCACGAUAAGAAUGACGACGCCGACGUCGUCGAGGAUGCCGAGGAUACGGUGAUAUACUGA